AAAGUAAGAAUUUCAAUUAAUCUCAACAGCACGUGCCAGAUACCAAACCAUCGGUCCAGAUGAAAGAGCACUAACCCAAUCCAAGGGCCACAAAUUCAUCCGUACAAACUCUCACUUAUCGACUAGCAACGGUUCAAACCGUCCCACGUGUUCAAAAGAUAAACGUUAUUAACCCUUCUGAUCCAACGGAUCCUGCUCAUUACCUCCCAAAAAUACAAACCCUUACCGUUCCGUUUCACCCCUUUUCCCCUCGCCGGAGCCACCGUCAAACACCGCUGUUCACAGUCGCCGCACUCACAACAUACCGAUUUCAAGUUCCACAAAACUCUCACGUUCAACUUCCCGACGCGUUUUGUUCAUCUUUCAAGAAACAGAGCUUCAACUUCACGCUGAAAUUCUGAGUCAAACCGAUUCGUGUGGCGCUUACAACUUGUUAAACCGAACUCCGAUUCUUUGAUUCUCAUUCAGUUCUAUUCAAUUUGAGUUCAAAACGAUCCGAAUUGAGUUCUUGACUCGUCGUUGGUGAAAUAAGAUUCGAAUUGAACAGUCGGAGCUUCAAGAAUGGCGGACUCCGACAACGAUUCCGGUGGUCCGCACGGCGGCGGUUCAAGCGCUCACGGCAGCGAGAUGUCCCCGAGAGAACAAGACCGUUUCCUUCCGAUAGCGAACGUAAGCAGAAUCAUGAAGAAAGCACUUCCGGCGAACGCGAAGAUCUCAAAGGACGCCAAAGAAACAGUUCAAGAGUGCGUUUCAGAGUUCAUCAGCUUCAUCACCGGUGAAGCCUCAGACAAGUGCCAGCGCGAGAAGCGAAAGACGAUCAACGGCGACGAUUUGCUGUGGGCGAUGACGACGCUAGGCUUCGAGGAGUACGUGGAGCCUCUCAAAGGCUACCUUCAGAGGUUUAGGGAGAUGGAAGGGGAGAAGACGGUGGUGGCGCGUGACAAGGACGCGCCUCAAGGUUCUAAUAGUGUAAACAACAGUUCGUUUGAGAGUGGUGGUAAUUAUGGUGCGGGAAUGAUGAUGCAUCAAGGACACGUGUAUGGUUCUGGUGGAUUUCAUCAAGUUAUGGGUAAGGGUGGGCCUGGGUAUCCCGGGCCUGGGCCUGGACCUAAUACUGGUAGGCCCAGAUAGGCAAUUUCCACUCAUUCCAAACAAAUCAAGAUGUAUAUUUCAGAACAAAUCAAGAAUUUGUGUGUUAUCUAGAGGUAUACUUGGAAACCUAUGUGUGUAAUUGUGAUCACACUUUUUAGAUAAUGAUAGAGAUUUGGUUUGGGUGUUUUGUAUUUUGAUAUCAUUGGUGAUUGAUGUCAUAAUCUAAAGUCAAUGCACUUUGUAAUGUUGUACUACAAUAGAAAUAGUGCUUAUUUGUAUUGGGAUACUUUUAAGUUGGUCUGAUAUUUUCCUUUUACUAUGUAGUGGAGUUAAGUUGAAUUUUUGGAGAUUUUAUGUAGUGGAGUUAAGUUGAA